GUUUAAAGCCGAACGUGAUCACCAUCAAGUUUGAAAAAGUUAAAGUUGCGGUGUUUAGUUGACUGCUGUACAAACUGAAACCCUGCAGGAGUAUUUAGGUGACUAAGCGAUGUAGCCGAGCUGUAGUGGUCUUGUGGUUUUGUCCCAUGAUGCACGGAGAAGUUAAAGCAGCCACGUCUUGCUGCUGUUAAACACUGUGUGAAAUGGUGAUAAUGAAAGCAGACAUGUGGAUUCCCUUUUUUGCCCUCUGGGUGCUAAGUGUCUCUUCAAAUGGUCAAGGAGUCUGUAAGACACAAAGAGUCAGCGCUCUACUUGGCUCUUCUGUGGUCUUGCCCUGCAACUUUUCGUCAGAUGACUCCAGCUGGGUUGAAUGGACUCAGGAAGAUGGACAAAAUGUGGACCUGGUUCGUCUCUCAUCUAAGGGACGCAUUCUUUACCUGGACCCCAGAUCUGGCAGAGUGAAAACCUUUCCCAUCCAGGCUUCAGAGAGGAAAUACUCUAUCAUCAUUGAUGAGCUCCAAAACUCUGAUAUAGGUUCUUACUACUGCAGGAAGAGCAAUGAAUGCUUUGAAGUUGAAGUGGAGUUGUCCAAAUACAAAGGUCAAGGAGUCUGUAAGACACAAAGAGUCAUCGCUCGACUUGGCUCUUCUGUGGUCUUGCCCUGCAACUUUUCAUCAGAUGACUCCAGCUGGGUUGAAUGGACUCAGGCUGAGGAAGAUGGACAAAAUGUGGACCUGGUCCAUCUCUCAUCUAAGGGACGCAUUCUUUACCUGGACCCCAGAUCUGGGCGAGUGAAAACCUUUCCCAUCCAGGCUUCAGAGAGGAAUUACUCUAUCAUCAUUGAUGAGCUCCAAAACUCUGAUAUAGGUUCUUACUACUGCAGGCAGAGCAAUGAAUGCUUUGAAGUGAAGUUGUCCAAAGAUAAAGGUGAGAGGAGCUCGAAGAUGUAUCUUCUGAUCUCCAUCUGUACUGGUGCAGCUGCCUUGAUCCUCCUCAGCCUUUUGGGCUACUUCUGCUGUUUGAAAUGCAUUUGCCUUUCCAACAAAAAUGGGACUGAUGGUGUGAUCAUGACAGUCAGUGGAACUGCAGGUCCCAGUGCUCCACCACACGAAGGCGGCGUAAACGGACUUCCAACAGGAGGCAAUAAUCUUGACAAUAACCUUGUUUAUGAAAAUGAUGACCAGUACUUAAACCCAUCCAGAAAUCCAAGUGGCCAAUCAGGAGCUGUGCAGCAUGGGAAUCAGCCUAAUCAGAGUGGAAUUGGAAUUUAUCCAAAUCUGGAUGAGUUCAAGUUUCAAAGAGCGGAAAGUCAGAGGACAAAGCAGAGAUUUCAUAUAGAGCUCUUCAGCAGGUUACGACAAGCCAGUAUAAAUCGCCAUUUUUAUGCGAACCAAGGAGAGAUCCGUAGGCAGCAAGCCAUGGCAGCACAAGCAGAGAAUAAUAGAGCAGGGAUGGGCAGGAGGAAACCCAAAGACUCGUGUGAAUACAAAAACCCCAUUUACAACAGGAGCACAGACCAACUCAACCGACUCUAGACGAUUCAGGAGUCUGCUUUCUUUUUUUAUACUGAUGGAUAUUUACUGAUGAUGUUGUUUUUAAGUCUUACUUCAAUGUAUUUUUCUGUAUCUUGUUUCUUUAAAGCUUUUUAAUAAUAAUAAAAAUACAUCAAUCAUGAAUAAAAACUUGUUCUAAAC